AUGCCCGUCAAGUCCAAGCCCAUCCCCGCCCUCUACACGGUGUACAUCCUCCGUUCCACGGUACGCCACGCGUCGCUCUACAUCGGCUCGACUCCCAAUCCCCCUCGCCGUCUGAAGCAGCACAAUGGCGAGGCUCGUGGCGGCGCUGCUCGUACCUCUCGUCUGAGCUUGAGGCCUUGGGAAAUGGUCGGUCUCGUCUCUGGCUUCCCGGGCAGUAUCGCUGCUUUGAAAUUCGAGUGGGCGCUGACCAACCCGCAUCUCUCAUUACACAUACCUUCCGCGUCGCGAAUCACUGUUUCGGCCGGAGUUAAGAAGAACGGCCAUCCCCGCCGACCCCGCGCGAGCUUGAACUCGAUUCUCUCCAAUCUGCAGCUUUUGCUAAGUGUCCCCAGCUUCUGUCGGUGGCCGCUAAAGCUGCACUUCUUUGCGCCUGAUGUGCAUUCCGCCUGGAAGUCCAUCACUGCCACUUCGACUGAACCCCUCCGCGAAACGCUCCCUAUCCUCACCGACUUUGGCCCCGACCCUGCUGCACGUCUAGCUGACGUCGCCGCACCCUGGGGCAUCCAUGCUUUACCCGUGGACUACACUUCAGUGAAAGAGUAUGUGGAAAAGGGUCAGUCUAUCAAGGCCUUCGAGCGGGAGGGAAGUUGCGUUGUUUGCCAGAAAGAAAUAAACCCUGGCAAGAGCCUGCAUGCUGUAUGUCCCAACACGGGCUGUGAAGGUGUCGGUCAUCUGGCUUGCUGGAGCCGUCAUUUUCUCCACCACGAAGGCGAGCGGCAAGCUGUCGUCCCUAUUCACGGUCGCUGUCCCCGAUGUGGGGGCGAUGUGCGGUGGGUCGAUAUGAUGAAAGAGCUGACAUUGCGAGAGAGGGGCACCAAAGAGAUUGAGACCCUCCUCAAGGAGAAAAGGAGGCGAGCGAAGAACUGA